AUGGAAAUGGAUACCCUUCCCAACGGCAACAACGCCACCGGAACCCCGAUCGCCGCCACCGCCAGCCCCGCGCCGCCUCCGCCGUCGAACCUUCCCCAACUGACGGAGUCUCUGAAGCUGGAGCACCAGUUCCUGAGGGUCCCUUUCGAGCACUACAAGAAAACCCUCCGCGCCAACCACCGGGCCGUCGAGAAGGAGGUGUCCGCCGUCAUUUCCGGCGUCACCGAAGCCGCCGACCUCUCCCCCGACGAUGCCGUCAACCACCUUAACUCCCUUGUCUCCCGCCUGCAAGGGCUCAAGAGAAAGAUGGAGGAAGGAAGUCGGGUAGAGCAUCUGCAAGCCCAGAAGUGUCGGGUGCGUCUCGAUCACUUAGAAUCUGCUGAUGCGGAAAAUAUGUCAGAAUGGAGUAACACUCGCUUGAAGCGGAUUCUUGUUGAUUAUAUGUUGAGGAUGUCAUAUUAUGACACUGCACUGAAACUUGCUGAAAGCAGCAACUUGCAGGAUCUUGUUGAUAUUGAUGUAUUCCAAGAAGCAAAAAAGGUUAUUGAUGCUUUGCAAAAUAAGGAUGUUACACCUGCCCUAGCAUGGUGUGCUGAUAACAAAUCAAGGCUGAAGAAGUCUAAGAGCAAAUUGGAGUUCCAGUUGAGACUUCAAGAGUUCAUAGAGUUAGUAAGAGCUGAGAACAACUUAAGAGCUAUCACAUAUGCUAGGAAAUAUCUUGCACCAUGGGGAGCCACCCACAUGAAAGAAUUGCAGCGUGUCAUUGCAACACUAGCUUUUAAAAAGGACACUGAAUGUGCUACAUACAAGGUUUUAUUUGAAGCUAAGCAAUGGGAUUUUCUAGUGGACCAAUUCAAACAGGAGUUCUGCAAGUUAUAUGGCAUGACUUUAGAGCCCUUGCUCAAUAUCUUUCUGCAAGCUGGCCUUUCUGCUCUCAAGACACCAUAUUGUUACGAGGAUGAUUGCACAAAAGAGGACCCUCUAUCACAGGAAGCCUUCCGCACACUAGCCUUGCCAUUACCGUAUUCAAAGCAGCACCACUCUAAGCUUGUUUGCUAUAUAACUAAGGAGUUAAUGGACACUGAGAACCCACCGCAAGUCUUGCCCAAUGGAUAUGUUUAUAGCACUAAGGCUCUUGAAGAGAUGGCGAAGAAGAAUAAUGGUAGAAUCGUCUGCCCGAGGACGGGUUUAGUUUGCAGCUACACAGAACUGGUCAAGGCAUAUAUUUCAUAA